AAAGUCAAACCUAAGAGAGCUAAAUGUAUAUGAGGAAUGGAAUGUGGCUUAUAUAAAAAGCAGAAGAAGGUAUCGACUCAUUAUAUAAGUAUGUUGUUUUGAGUUGAGGAGGAGUUCAAUUCAAAUUAAUAGUAUAUCUCUUACGUAAGUUAAGCCAAAGUUGAUAAACAAACUCAAAGACGAUGAGCAACUUGAGUGGCAACAACGUUUUUGUGAUGUUGUUUUCCCUUUGUUUAUUAUUAUUAUUAUUGCUUAAUAUUGUGGUAGGAUCUCCUCCAUCAUCAGCAUCAGGAGUUGAAGAUUAUCAGAAUUUGUUCGGUUUAUCAAGCAGAGAAGAAGUUGUGGAAAUUGCUGGAUAUGGAGAGGAGAAGCUAUCAACUGUACUCAUUACUGGCUCACUUCAUUGUGAUGGACCUAAUAAUAAUCAUCAUUCAAAUGCAUGGCCAAUACCAGGAGCUUUGGUUUCUGUAAACUGCCAAAGCCACGCUACCGAAAGAACAGGCAAAGCAAUGGUAGCGAACGGUGUAACUGAUGAAUUUGGAGAUUUUAUGGUGGACCUCCCUUCCUACCUCCAUGCUAUUCCCAACUUGGAAAAAAUAUGCAGAGUGAAAGUUCACAAAAUUCCAAAGGGAUCACUCUGUAGACCAGCUCGACAUGUCAACAAACAGAAGGGACUGCUUAAGCUCUCUACUAUUGGGAAUGGCAUCCGAACCUAUGAUGCUGGAACCAUAAGGAUCCAACAUUCAGCUUCUGAGCUAGUGCGCGCAUCACCACGAAAAGAUAUAGGGGAAAUUAAGGAGUAGAUUUGAAACAAACUACAUCAACAAGAGUAUGUUCGUAAGAGCACCAUGACUCACUUGGACGGCGCUUAAGUCACAGUAUUGGGUUUGCAUGGGUUUACAUCUUGUAAAAUACAUACUACAUAUAGUUUAUAUGCGACAACCAUUCAUCUGUAAAGAUUACAAUGGCUCAAGUUUGAUUGUUGUUUGUGUGAGAUUGUUAAAUUUAGGAGUUGUGUUGGGGGUGUCACAACCUCCAGUAUUUGGUCAUAUGAAAAAUUGAGAAUGGUCCUGAAACUGUUUUCAAUUAAGAUUUUCACA